AUGAGUGCCAAUGAUCCAGGACAUAUCAAUAAUCUUAAUGAAGAUCAAGAAAAAAAUCUUAAAUAUUUUUGGAUUUCUCUUAUUGAGAAAAUAACAAAUGAAUCUAAUGUAACAUUAGAGAAGUUUCUUGAUUCAAAACAAGGAAAAGAAUUAUUCUACUCGUUUUCUCUCGAUAAUCCAGAUGUUGUUUUACUACGAUUUCUUCGAGCAAGAAAGUGGAAUAUUGAUCUUGCUUUAGAACAGCUGAUUGAAACAUUAGAAUGGAGAACCAAAUCAAAUCUUGAACAAUUGAUUGCUAAUGGAGAAUCACAGCUUCAUUACGGAGAAAUAUUAACCGGUAAAGCAUUUUAUGUCGGUUAUGAUAAAGUCGGUCGGCCAAUAAAUUAUGUAUCUACCAAAGAUCAUAUUAAAGGUCAAUUUCCACCAGAAGCAACAGAAAAAUAUACUAUACUUGCUAUGGAAGUAGGUAGAAAAUUGUUACAUAGCCCUGUCGAAUCUGUAACAAUUAUUCUUGAUAUGAGUGGCUUUUCUAUGAGAAAUAUGGAUUAUCAACAUGCGCAAUUUCUUGUUAAUCUUUUACAGAAUUAUUAUCCAGAAUCAUUAGGUAUUGCAUUAAUUGUAAAUGCUCCCAAAUUAUUUUAUGGUUGCUGGCAUAUCAUUAAAUCAUGGUUAGAUCCAGUCGUCAGGAAUAAAAUUCAUUUUCUUAAUAAUCUUGAUGAUUUAACUGAAUAUAUUGAUUUAUCAAAUUUACCAAAACGAUUAAAUGGUAAUCAACAAGAUUUCAAUUAUAUACCACCAACAGAACAAGAGAAAAGAAUGUUUUCUGCAUUUCGUAAUGAUUUUCAUGGAAUUAAAAAAGCAAAAGAAAAUUAUCAGCGAGCUUCAAUCAACUAUCUUCAUAUAACAUAUGAAUGGGCUCAGAGUAAAAAGGAUCAAAAUAUUUUAGAACAAAGAAAACAGGCGACUGAACAAUUGCGAGAUGCAUAUGAACAAUUUAUGCCAUAUAUAAGUUCGAAAACACAUUGUCAUAGAAAUGGAUUCAUUAGUGAACCAAUAUUUGAUAUAACUUAUCAAAAAAUUCAACAAGAAAAUCAACGAAAAGUUGUUCAUUUCUAA